AUGACGAAGCAGUUUUGGAACGAUGGACAGGUUCAAAGUUCUUUCGCCAUUUUAUUUUUGUUUGUAAUGGAAUUCCCACUUCAUUUGUGCUUGUCUUAUGCAGGUGAGUUCAAACCAGCUGGACAAACAACAUGCUUAAUGGGUUAUAUGCAGUCACAAAGACCCACAAAUGUCACCCAAAAGCCCACACUGUACGCUAAGGAAUUUCAAUUAUCUCACGUUCAAGGAGCUUUCUCAAAACACAGAGCUCCAGCACGUACUACAGCCACGCCAUUCCCAGGACGUACUGAUAAUGGGAGAAGUGGUACACCUGGUCUACAAAAAGCAUCCAAGCUACAUCAACGAGAGGGCUUUGACCAAAGACAGGAAGCAGAUGGAAAAAGGAAUCAGAGAUUGGAUUUUAUGAGAACUUUUUUUCCAUUUUUAGCACUGAUUCCUCAUAGACCUGCUAUUGUUCAAGUAAUUACAAUUGCGUGUAUAGCCUUCAGUAUUGCCCUGUUAUGUGGGAUCACUAUUUCCUACAUGAUAUAUCGACUGGUACAGGCUGAGGAAAAACAACAACUUUCGUCACUCUAUAAAAAUGUCAAGAUACCAUUAUUAGGAGAUGAAGAGGAGGGCUCUGAGGAUGAGGGCCAGGAUGAGUCCACGCACCUCCUUCCAGAGAAUGAGAAGGAACCGGAAAAGUUCAUUCAUUCAGUCAUUAGAUCAAAAAGAAGAAAACAUAUGGAAAAGAAGAGAUUGAACACAGAGCAAAAGUUGGUAAAGGAAGUGGAAAUAAAGGAUGCUAUACAUGCCGCAAAUCUGGGGUGUCUGUGAAAAGAAAUGAAAGAGAGGCAGGACGUGCUAGCCAGUGUGGGGAAACAGUGACAGAUGACAGAAUGUGAGCAUGACUUGCUCCUGGAGAACCUUGUGCAAGAGCACUCUAAAGGAAGAACACCAGACGUAAAAACAGGAAAUAAAUUCAUAUGAUAUAGCAAUCUUGCUUCCUAGUUCUUAGAGUUUAUGAAUAAAUACAACGUAAUUGGAAAAGGAAAAAAUCCAACUUCGUAAGUGUGAAAGAGAAAUUGUCAGGAUUUUCUUUUCUCACUCUUAACCAGUAGUUUCUUUGGGUAAGUCUCUCAGACCAGGUGAGGAAACCACUUUCAUGAAACAAAGCUUCCCCAGUGACAUUAUCUGUUAAUUCCAGUAGCUCGCUUCCAUUUUACAUAUAGCAAGACUGAGAAUGUCAAAAUGAAUAUGACAGCAGACAGUAACCUUUGUUUUUAGGGAUCUGGGACCUGGUGCAGGAAAUAGGUCUGCAGGCAAAGAGCUAUAAAGCAUUGCCAGAUGUACUGAGUGCUGUAAACUGGGAGUCACCGAGAGCUGUGGAAACACAAAAGGGGCAGGAUUUAAUCUGAGCGGUGCUAUUGGUGUGGAAAACAGUCUGAUGGUUCCUCGAAAAGGAUCUUAGUUUGCCGACCAGGGAUUGAACCUGGGCUACCGCAGCAAAAGCGCUGAAUCCUAACCACUGGACCGCCAGGGAAAUCCCUGGACCGCUUUUUAUCAAGUGUCAAGCACAUGAGAAGAGCAUGAAUCUUCUCAGGCAGAUGUGUCUUCGCAAGAAUAACUGAGGCAGGCAGAGUUCUAAGAUGGCCCCAAGACUCCUGCCCUCUGGUGUACACAGCUGUGUAGUUCCCUUCUCUUGAGUGUGGGUCUUUGAAUAUGACAGAUGUCACUCUUGUGAUUAUGAAAAACAGGGCAAAGUGACCUUUGAGGAUGUGGCCAUGUACUUCUCUUUGGAGGAAUGGAAUCUCCUUGACGAGCCUCACAGAUGCCUGUACCAAGAUGUGAUACUGGAGAAUUUGGCACUUGUAACCUCCCUGGUCUGGGAAGUUGAAGAUCAAGGCACUGGCCUUGUGGAAAGAGCCUUCUCUUUUUCUACGAAAAGAAUAGGUUGUUGGUGUGGAGUGGAGAAUAAGGAGGCAUCUUCUGAGCACAGCAUUUCUGCAAAGUAAUGCCACAGGAUAGGACUCUUAAAGCAGGUCUGUCUCCCCAGAAGGCCCACCUCUGUGAGAUGUGUGGACCCAUGUUGAGAGAGAGUUUGCACUUGGUUGAACACAGAAUCCAUGAAAAAUGAGGAUUGACUGAUUGUCUUGCCAUAAAUUGUGCAUACUUAAAGAUAUACUCAGGCUGAAA